AUGAUGUCUUUUGCCUACAAGGCCCUUGGGUUGAAUCUUGUAUUCAGCCUCUUUGCCGCUGCACACACCCACUCAACGCAAUUGCCCAUUGUCGACCUUGGCUAUGAACUUCAUCAAGCUAUUUCCUAUGAGGAACAUAUCGGAAUCUACAACUUUUCCAACAUUCGCUUUGCCGCCGCACCGGUGGGGGAUCUCCGCUUCAGAGCUCCUGCUCCUCCUAUAGUCAACAGAACAACGGCUCAAACAGGCUCUGAGGCCCGCAUUUGUCCGCAGGCUCUUCCGUCCUGGAUGCCCCAGUCCAUGUCAAAUGCCAUUAGCUACGUCACAAAUGGUAGUAUUACCAGCAUGGGACCUGUUCUGAUGGAUCCACGUGCGAAUGAAGAUUGUCUCUUUCUUGACGUCGUUGUGCCGAAGAAGAUCUUCGAGACCUCUGGCAAAAAGAGAAAGGGAGCUCCCGUACUGGUUUGGAUCUAUGGGGGCGGGUACACGGGUGGCUCCAAAUCUGGGCAGGGGAGCGGUUCUCCCGUGGGUCUGCUUCGUCGCGGAGAUAAUGAGUUCGUCUACGUAGCGAUCAACUACCGUCUCGGCGCCUUUGGCUGGCUAAGUGGCUCAACUUUUCAACAGAAUGGCGCAGCAAAUGCCGGUCUGUUGGACCAGCGUUUUGCCUUGGAAUGGGUUCAACAGUAUAUUCAUCUCUUUGGCGGUGACCCCAAGCGUGUCACUGUCAUCGGCGAGUCAGCAGGAGGUGGCUCUAUCCUGCAUCAAAUCACGGCGUACGGUGGAAGCAAUGGGCCCGUUCCCUUCCAUCAGGCCAUACUGCAGUCCCCUGCAUUUACACCAGAUCAGAUACUCAAUCCCGAUCAGCAGGAACGGAUAUUCAAUCAGUUCCUUCAAUUCGCCAAUGUCAGCACUCUGGAGGAGGCCCGACGCCUGCCCUCUUCUGUCCUUAUGGAGGCGAACCGCCAACAGGUCUAUAAUUCUCCUCUCGGAAGCUUUACUUAUGGGCCCGUAGUGGACGGCAUCUUCGUUCCGGAAGCCCCCUCCCGCCUACUCCGCCAGAAAAGACUGGACACUAAAGUCACUGCGAUGUUGGCCUACAAUGGCAACGACGGCAUCAUCUUCUCCGAUUUCUCUCUUAGAAACAGCAGUGGCUAUCAGAACUACAUCACCGGCUUGUUUGACCUUCGGCUUAACGAGACCGUUUACGUCUCUAGCCAGAUGUAUCCGCCGAUCUUUGACGGGUCGCACCAUUACACGGAUGAAAUAAGUCGUGCCGGUGCUACCUUCCAGGAAGUGUUCAUUCAGUGCAAUGAUAUCUUGCUUGCGGUGGCUUUGGAAAAUGCUACCUUUAACUAUGUUUUUGACGUUUUCCCCGGCCUUCACGCACAGGAUAUUACAGCAACAUUUGACGUGGACCUGGAUCCAACGCCAGGCGUAUUUAAUCCACUUAUUGCUUUGCAGCAGCUCAUCACCAGCUUUACACUCACAGGAAAACCAGCAACAGACCUCGCCAGCCAUGUGCCAAUGUAUGGACGCGAAAAUGCAUUGUUUUACUUAAAUGCAACCGGUAUUGGCAUGAGCAGGGAAGAUCCCCGGGUAAUGGGAAGAUGCGAAGAGUGGUAUCACAUUCUGGACACAGCGUAA